CCAAAACCAAUAGGAACCCGAUUCCAAUCAGAAGUUUGAAAAGUAUCGAUCCCCCCCAGAAAUUCGGGAGCAGAGGGCCAGGAUGACGUCGCGCAACCUGACGGAGGUGUUUGUCAUCAUGCGCAACAAUGCGUCCAAGAACCGGAGUCACUACGACGACCGGCGGGGCAGCGAUGCGGAGCGCCUGCUGAAGCACUCGGUGCGGGAGGCGGAGGAGGGUCUGGAGCUGCAGGACGACUACGGCACGCCGCCGGCCUGGCUGGACAAGUUCGAGGAGGCGCAGUACACGAUGUCGAAGAUCAAACCCAAGCUGGAUGAGCUGGGCUCGCUGCAUGCGCGGCACCUCCUGCGACCCGCUUUCGAUGACCAGCAGGACGACGAGUGCGACAUCGAGGUGCUCAGCCAGAUCGUCUCCAAGCUGAUCACCUCCACGCACCGGCACAUCCAGUGCGUCCGCUCCAGCAUCGGCGUGGGCAGCAAGGUGGAGCAGUGCCUCACCGCGAAUGCGGUGCACUGUGCGCUCCUCCAGCUGCAGGAGCUGACGGUCAAGUUCCGGGCCAGCCAGAAUGCCUACCUUUUGCAGCUCAACUCCAGGGAGGAGCGAUCCCAGAAGUAUUUCGAGGAUAAAAGUGACGGAGGAGAAAUCUUUACCAACGUGGAGCUGGGCGAGAACUUUGUGGACUCCUUUGACAACUUCCUGCAGCCUCCAGCGGCGGAGGGAAAGGUUUCUGGCAAUAGCUACCUAUUUUCGGACGACGACCAGGCCAUAGAUGACCACUUCCAGCGGCCGCCAGCCAGCAGGAUGACCCAGCAGCAGCUACUCCUCUUCGAGGAGGAGAACUCGCGGGUGGCGCAGCAUCGCGAGCAGGAGGUGACCAAGAUAGUCCGUUCCAUCUACGACCUAAACGACAUCUUCAAGGAUCUGGGGCACAUGGUGCAGGAGCAGGGCACCGUCCUGGAUCGCAUCGACUACAAUGUGGAGCAGACGCAGACGCGCGUCUCGGAGGGAUUGCGGCAGCUGCACAAGGCGGAGAUGUAUCAGCGCAAGAAUCGCAAGAUGUGUGUGAUUCUCGUACUGGCUGCCAUUACCUUCUUCAUGCUGCUGCUGCUCAUCCUGACCAAGCUGUAG